UUCUGGAUAUGAGGGGGUCUCAUCAUCUUCUCUAGGGUCUUUCUGUUCCCAUGGCCAGUGGACAUUUAAAGGGACUGGACAGGAGAGGACCGUGUUCUCAGGGUGCGUAGCUCCAGCCAUGUGCGUAGUGUGAGGAGCCUGGACACCAUCUGAAAAUGCUUCGCCUGUACGUCUGGACUCUUCUUACUGGGAUCCUUCAUUCCAUCACCGCCAGCUCUCCGGAGAACCAGUGCAACUGGAGGGGAAGUGGGUUAUCCUUGGAGCCGAAGUCGGUGGAGCAGGUGUCAUUGAAUUGUGUGGAGGGCAGCGUGGAGUGGUUGUACCCCACAGGAGCACUCCGCCUCAGUCUUCUGCCUCGCCUUCCCUUAGCAUCUUCAGGGCCGGGGUCCAGCCGCAUCACAGCCUGCAUCAAGCCACCAGCCUCGUUUCGGGGGGCUCAGUUAUACCUGGAAAAGGAAGGAGAACUUGAACUGUUGAUGUCGGAGGGAGACCACUCCAUGCUGUCCAGGGUUCACUGCUUCACGUGGCUGCCGCACCAGACGGUGGCGCUAUUCUUGCAGGCCACACCCCACCUGGACAUUAGUAGACGCAUUUCAGCAUUCCGCUAUGAACUGAGAGGGGACUGGGAUGGACGGUUGGCACUGCCACUUACCAAGCUGAGCAUGGAAGGUGCCUGCCGGCCGUGCAAUGACACCGAGAUCCUGAUGGCAAUGUGCACUAGUGACUUUGUUGUUCGUGGUCACAUCAAAUCAGUGGAUAACAAUGAUGAACUACAAGAAUCUGUGAUCGGGAUCAGCGCCACCAGGGUCCACCGACAGAAGUUCACAUUGUUCCGGCCUAGAGGUCACUCACUAAGGUCUCACGGUGAAAUAAGGACUCCUAUCAGCUGUGGGGUAAAACCAGGGCCCGGCAGUUUCCUUUUUAUGGGUUGGGUACACUUUGGUGAUGCCUGGUUGGGCUGUGCCCCUCGAUACAAGGACUUUAAGAAGGUUUAUGAAUCUGCAACAAAACUCCAUGAAAACCCAUGCGAGAUAUCUCUGGACUGAUGCCAGCGUACCAGCUGAUGAAUAACCAAUGGAUGCAAGAGCAUCUCCAGUAGGAAGGAGUCCAACGUGCCAAAAACUGCAAGACAACCAUCUCACUGGUAUCGGGAAGCUUAUGGUACCACCGACUUGGCUCUGUAGGACCUUCCAAAUAUCUCCAAUUCGAGUCAACAAUCUGGAAGAGCUCAGGUGCCAAUCUGGAUAUUUUACCAAAAAGACCUUAAAUAGUGUCUCGAUUGAAGCCAUGGUCUUUCUCAUUUCCAGUGCUGUGAAUUCACAAGUUAAGGGGGGGGGAGUCGUGACCUUCAAAGAAGUCAUCUUCUGGACUUAUGGAUUUCACCCCUCUCGAAUUUGCACUCCUUUAAAAAACUUGCUUGAGAACUGAGCCAGUUCAUAUACUCCCUUAAUUUUUUUAGGGAAACCUAUUACAAAUUAUAGACAUGCAGUCACCUCCAAGAUGGUGGAAGUGUAUGUAUUUUCCAAGAAAAAGUAAAAAAAAAGAAAAAAAAAAAAAAAGAACUUUCUCUAUGGCAGCUCAUGAUGAACACUGAAUACUGUGGGUGCUCCCCUCUCAGCUCCCUAUGGGCACUCUGACCAGUAGCAAGGGGAAAUAUGGCAGCAUAGUAAGCGUAGACCACUGGAUGGGCAUGCUUACAACACACUAGGGUACAAAAUAAUUGUGAACACUACACCAUACUGGUAUAACCUGGCAUUACUGUGGUAGUGGUAGAAUCUCACAGUUUUUGGUUUACAAAUCUCAUCAUUAAAUAAAUCUAAACAGGGACAUACAAAGGGCAAAAUGGACCUCAACACAACUGAGACCAACCUCAACCUGGUGAUGGUUCAUGCCCUCGCAGCCCCCCAUUCCAGGAAAGGAGUAUCCAGCACUUGUUCCAACCACUGGAAUGGUGUGACCUUUGGGCCAUUGUUAAAUUCCAUACCAGUUGGGAAAGGUUGGGGGGCAACUUGGGCCCCCCAUUCUCCACAGGGCCCAUAUUGAACCCGAGGUUUGCCCAUUGUACUAGUGAGUUUUCAACCUAUUAGUUAUCUGUGUCCUCAAUGGGCAUUAUCCAGAGGAGGGGGAUAUUAGUAGGAGUUGGCCAGUCCAUUCAAUGGACUAUUAUGGGAAAAGUAUGGAAUUUUUUAUAUUAUUUUAUUGAUAUUUUUAGGCCUAUACUUGAGACUUAGUUCUAUGGGAUUGUCCCUUCAAAUGGGUGUGAACGAUCAUAACAAGAACAUGCCACAACAAACUGGGCAAUCACUGUCAGUGUAAAAUGUUGUCCAAAAUUUGGCAGGAUUGGCCGAACACUGGGUUUUUCCGCCAGUUAGCCUAAAAAAAUCUAGCACGGUGGAUCAGACUUUUGUUUGCACACAAUUUACAGACGGCGGUCAACGGCAAUGGGAAAAUUGGCCAUUUAGGCCAACCAUUAUCUUAUUAUAGGUGUUCGGCUAGCCUAAGGGCUCCAUCACAUGGCCAUUCUACUCCUGUAAUAGUAGCUCUGUGUAUGUCCCAUUUUUUUCCUCCGCUAAACUCCUGUAAAAUACCAGACACCUGAUGGACCCUAUUCAGAUUAAUAGGACCCACCCGGACCUGCCAAUGUCAGCUGUGUUCCAACCCAUUUAGGAUCCGUUCAGUGCAAAAAAAAGGGCCAAACAAACUCGAAACAGGUCAAAGCACAACAGCAGUGUAAACUUUGCCUUAGUGCCCCAACAGUAAAUGUUUUUAGCCACAUUAAAUACCAGAAGUUAGUAUUAGUUCACUCUAGUAUUACAGACUGGUCUCUGCUUUACCUUAGGGAGAUACAUAAAAAAAACAAAAACAUUUAUUCAAAUUUCUUUGCUUUAUUUAUUAUUUUUUUUAUUUGAAAUGUGCACUAAAUGUAUGUAUAUAUCUAUUUUUGUUAAUACCAAAAUCAGAUUUAAAAAAAAAAAAUUUCAAUGGAUCCAAUAUUGGUGUAACUUUUUAUUUUCACAUUGUCCUGUAGGCUCGGGGUGAGUCAAAAAUAUUCUUUUUUUAUGAUGAUUUUUUAUCUCAUCAGGGAUUUCAUUACAUUAUUGUUUUCCAUAAAAUGAAUCGGUCUGUGGGCUGUGAUGUCCUGUCUAUUUUUUGUUUUUUCAAAAUGAUUUGAAAAAAAUCUAAAAUAAAAACUAUAAUUAAAAUCUGAUUGGCCGCUAUGGUCCACAACACAACAGCA